AUGUUUCCUCUUGGCUAUCCGUUGCUCGUGUCAAGAGCUAUCUUUAGAGGUGUCUUGUUGAGACGUUGUGUGCGACUGCAGAGUGGGAAGUCCAGGUCCUCGUCGCAGAAUAAGUGGUUGGACAGGCAGAGCAAUGAUCACUACACCAAAGAAGCUAAAUUACAAGAUUUCAAGUCGAGAGCUGCGUUCAAAUUAAUUGAGAUUGAUGAUAAGUUUCAGCUAUUUAAAAGAAAUCAACAUCAGAGUAUUUUGGAUUUGGGUUUUGCUCCAGGUGCUUGGUCACAGGUGGCCAGAAUGCGAUCGAACGAGAACAGUGUGAUUUUAGGGGUAGAUAUAUUAGCCUGCAAGCCUCCAAAAGGUGUCAAUUCAAUUCAAGCAAAUAUUCUCUCCAAAAAAACCCAAGAGUACAUCAGAUGGUUUUUUAGAGAUAACUUCAACUUGAAUAGAGUGGAUACACUAGAUAAAGUGAAAGGUUUUCUGCAUGACGAUGACAAUAAUAUAACGAACAACAAUAGUCAGGAUGCUACUUCUCCCGAAAAUUUUGAGAAUACAGUAAGAUCACGAUAUCCAGUUGACGUGAUCGUUAGUGAUAUGUAUGAUAUAAGCAGUCCUAAUACGGGUUAUUGGAAUAAUCUUACUAACAUGCCAUAUUACAGGCUCGCUAAUACAACAGGAAUUAAGAUAAAAGAUCAUGAGCAAUCGAUCGAUCUUUGCGAUGCUGCUCUGGUCACGGCAAUAGAUCUACUGAAGCCAGGGGGUGCUUUUGUUUGUAAAAUAUACACUGGUAAAUCAGACGCUGAUUUUAAGAGAAGACUACGACAUGUGUUCAACAAAGUAGCCAGUUUUAAACCACUGGCUUCGAGACAAGAAUCAAAGGAGACAUAUUUCGUAGGGUUACAGAAGAAAGCUAACGUAGAUAAAUUAAAGGUUUUCACUGAAUAA